AUGCCGCGGGUAGCGCAGCUGGCGCAGUUGGGGGCCUUCGGGCCACCCAAGGAAGGCUACAAGGUGCCAGGCAGUGCUGCCACCUGCGCCCUGGAUGAUGGCGCCUUGGUGACUCCGACCUCGCCCAGUGAGAAGUGCGAGCUGAAGGACCUGGAUCCGGAGGAUCGUUGCGAGGCAGGCUCGAGCUUCGAGGGCAAGCGCUGGUUGGAGCCGCAGCUGGCGCUGGAAGCGGUACAACGCUUGAGCUCUGGGAGUUUUUCCCUGGCGCCCGCGCGCAAAGCUCCGCCCUUCGGGCAGCGGCGCUGCCGUUUACUGGGCUUUUGGGGCACGUCCGGCGAAGAAAUCAAUGAAGAGAUGCGCUGGGAUGGGACAACUUAUUCCUGCCACUUAGAGAUCCCCGCGCGCGAAGACGCAAUGUUCCAAGUGCUGGUGGAAGGUUUGGGGCGGAUGUAUCCCAGCAUCGAGGGGGCCAACCUCAGCAUCCGACAUGAGCUGCUGGGGCCGGAGGAAGCUCAUCAUGAUGCAGCCUGGUUUCUGGAUUCGGCUCGUUCCAAGCGUCGCGCCUGGAUUUUUGUUGCGUGUCCACAGAGCUGUGCGGUCUGCUUGGGCUGGAAGUUUCAGGGAGAAGAAAUCCCAAAGGAAACCGAAGACUGGCGUGAAAUGGGCCCCUGGUUGAUCUCCAGUCACAUCGGUCAAGGGAAACAAGGUGCCGUGGUUUGCACUGGCCGUUGGCCUUCAGCUGGCAAGGGUGGGGUGGCAGCUGUGAAGUACCCCGUGGAAGCCGAAGAAUUGGAGCUCUACGCUCGGGUGCACGACAUCCCUGGGCUUCCUGAUCUGCUGGAUUUCGGGCGGCUUCCAGGGCCACGAACUGAGAAGGGUGAGUUCUACAUGGCCAUGUCUAAAAUCGAGCCCUGUCUGGACAUCUUGCUCCGCGGUCAGCUUCACAUCCACGACACCUCCCCCCAGACCUUGGGUCGGAUCUCCUGGCCCGUCGUGGCUGGGAUGGGGCUGCGACUGCUGCGCACCUUGCAAGCCAUCCACAAGCGAGGCAUCCUGCACUGUGACCUGAAACCUGGGAACAUCCUGUUGCACCGGCGCGCGCCGCACGUGCAGCUCAUCGACCUGGGCCGCGCGGGAUAUCUGGGACGCACCGCAUUCAAAGCCGGGGAGGGGGGGAUGAGGGACUAUAUGUCCAUCAAGGCUGGCCUGGAGGGUGGUCAACGCACCAGCGCUGAUGACGUGGAGUCCCUGGGCUGGUUCUUGCUGCGGCUCCUGCUGGGGAGGUUCCCAUGGAGUGCCAAGGUGAAGCCACAUCCGGGUGAAACGUGGCUGGAAGGAGGGGUGCGGGUGGCUCGGGACAAGCUGCGCUUCCUUGAAGAGGGUGGCGUGAAACGCUUCGCUCAGGAUGAGGAUGAAGCUUACUCGUAG